AUGAGUCUAUUCGUGGACUUGCGACAGAUCAAGACGUCGGUUACGAAUCUCUCCGAGAUGGUAGACAGAAUAUCAAGUUCGGCUAUCAAAGAGAAAGCGAAAAGUGAAUGCGCAAAGAACAUCGACAAUCCGUACUACGGCGGAUCCAUUUACAAGCCGACUACAUUAGGGUUCGGCGUACGAUUCUCACAAAGUCAAGAAGACGUCUACGGAAAUAUGCCUUCAGCACGACUGCGGAGUCACAUGUCCUUGCCCAACUUGGGUAAACCCGAUGAUGAAGAUAAAAUAGGCAGCGCCCAAGGCGAUGGACACCCAAAAAUAGUAGAAAUAGACGACGAAAGCUCCAGCAAUUGUAACAGCUCUAAACCAGUGAUACAAAUAUCUACAGAAAACCUCAACGAUUGGAUACUGGCCUCGUUGAAGAAACGUCCGCAUUUCGACGACAGUGGUGACACCCACCCAAUGGACUUCUUAGAGAACGUUAAAUACUACAUUUCCGAUUUCAACAUCGCGCCAGGCAAACAGCUGCCUUUCAUAAUGUCAUGCCUCGACGGCAUACCUUUGAUGUGGGCGCGUUGUUUCCGCGAAGAGUUUAGGGACGCCGAGAGCUUCUAUGGCGCAUUCGAGCAGGAGUAUUGGGGUCCGGAUAGGCAGAAGCUGAUCCUGUACGACAUGAAACUCGGCAAGUUCGACGAGGGGGAGACAAAGAUGAGUAUGUCGGAGUACUUCCUGCACAAGGUAACGAACUACAAGCACCUGACGCCGCCGCCCUCCGAUCUGGAGAUCGUUUACUCUUUGGCGGCCCACUUCCCUUCCGCGGUGGAGCUUGAAAUGCGGCUGACCCCGAAGCCAACGCUACGCGAGGCAUACAGCCUUCUACGAAGGAGGGAAGGCGAGGCCAACGACUUCUUGCCCAAUUAUCUGUUCGAAAUGUGCGAGGCGUUCCAGCGCGGCUGUCGAGCGGAGGCCAGCCAACGACAUCAGGCUUCCCAAGCCACGUGCAGCGUCGAAAAGGAGAAGAAG